AUGAUUGCUGCGUCAGCUAUGGGUGUGGUGGACUCGAUUGGCGAAUACUAUGAUCUGCCUAAAUUCCCCAGCAUUGCACCAUCAUUUCUUCUGCCGUAUAGCGAUCGAAUGAGUUUCCUAGAAAGAACAAUCAACUUCAUCACUAUUGCUUUUGCUGAUUUGGUCUCAUCAGAGAUUGCAAGGAAGUACAAGGAGCUGUGGAGACAUCAUGGUGUUGUCACCGACGAUGAAUAUUACAAGAGCAGAACCACUUUCUUGCUAUCAAAUUCGGAUGAGUUUCUGGACUACAGCCGCCCGACAACUCCAAAAAUUGUUCACAUUGGUGGUAUCACUGCUCUAAAGAUCACUCCACUAUCAGAGGACUUACAGCAAAUCUUGGAGCGGAGCAGGAUGGGUGCGGUGUACAUUUCAUUUGGUUCAGUAACAUCAACUAAGCAGAUGCCUAAUUACUUUCGCGAAAGUAUAAUCGAAGUAGUGAGAAUGUUCAGAAACUAUGAAUUCAUUUGGAAAGUUGAUGAAGGCGACAUGAUUCAAGGUGUUCAAAAUUUGCACACGUUCAGUUGGGUUUCUCAAGCAGCACUCAUAGCCCAUCCUCGUUUGCGAUGUUUCGUCUCACAUGCUGGCUUGAACAGUGUUCUGGAGUUAGCAAGGAGUGGGAAGCCAUCGAUCAUGGUUCCGAUUUUUGGUGAUCAUCAAAGAGUUGCACGUCUCGUGGAAGUGAAAAACACUACCAUCGUGAUCGCGAAAGAAGAGUUCAACCGUGACACUUUCGCAGCUGCUCUUCAGCAAGUGCUCAGUGAUAAGAGGUGA